GAUUUGAUACAUGCGUCUUCUGGCAAUUGAAUUCGAUUUGAUACAUGCGUCUUCUGGCAAUUGAAUUUGAUUCAAUACUCGUGGCAUAUUAAGUCAAACUUCACAAAGAUGGAAUGGAUACAGAGCGAGAGGGGUGGGCGAAAGCUCCUCCUGGGAGGAUACAUGUACGUCAAGCAAAAAGAUUUGGCAGAUGGGUACGAGGGCUUUGAAUGUGAGCUACGAAGGAACACACGACAAUGCAGAGCAAAAAUUAAGGUCAUGGGUGAUAACCAAUUCCGCGAUAGAACGGAGCAUAACCAUCCGCCUAACCAUGGUAGAAGCAAUGCUACGAAGGUUAAAGCAGCAACGAAGAGAAGGGCCACUGAGUCCAAUGAAAGACCACAACAGGUGCUUAUGGCGACACUAUGCGAGGUAACAGAGGAAGGGCGGGCAGCGCUACCAUCACUAAACAACAUGAGGAGGAAUAUCCGGAGACAGCGCCAAGAGAACCCAAACGCCCUCCCCAUUCCCAUGACUGUGGAAGAUCUGGAAAUCCCUGUAGAUCAACGAUUGACGCUGGGUGGAGAGCUUUUCCUUUAUCACGACUCUGGAAGAAACGACCCUCGCCGGAUUUUAGUGUUUACUACGGCAAGGAACCUUCAGGAUCGGUUCUAG